AUGGUAGAUUCCACAUGUCUGUCCCCCGCUUCCCUCGCCCUGGCCCGCUCGAAGGUGUACGACGAAGCGAGGACUUUCCUUUCGUGCGCCGUCCUCAAAAUGCCCGUGCAGCUGGGUCCUGUAAAAUUGAUUUUAUUCGUCCCAAGUACCAUUGUGAAACGGAAAUCUGGCCGUUGGGGUUCAAAGCCGCGCGCGUGGAGAUGAGUCAUGUUUUGCGGCAGCUUCUUGUUCUCUUCUUC